AUGCCUGAAGCUAGAGUCGUAGGAGAAGGAAAUCCUUACGUUUUAUUAGAAUUACUGGAAGAAGCUGUAAUUGAAAAUAGUGAUGUUAUCAUUGAGUCAUACUGCGACUUCUGGUGCGAGUUAUGUGGGUUUCUCAAAAAGUUUGGAAUGCUCUUCGGGUUUGCAACAAAUGAUGUCCUUCCGAAAGUCAAUACUUUAAGAUCUUUAUACGACUCUAAUAAUCAUGCAUAUAGAAGUAUUAGAAGCAUGGCAGAGUAUGAGAGUACAGAAGAGAUUCUUUACCGAGAAACUCCAAAGAGUGGAAUGAUGCUACUUCUAUCCUUGCAUAAAGCGCAGGUUUUUCUAAUCACCUUAAUUGAAAAGAUUGCCGAAUCUGAAGAUGAUGUUCGGAUGCGUGAUCUAGCCUAUGGAGUAUACGAAGAGACUCUAGCAAAUCACCACAGCUGGACAGUUAAACGAGUAGUCAAAACCGCUAUGUACUUUCUGCCAAAAAAAGAAGAUUUUCUUAAAAUAAUGAGAGGAUCAAUGCCAGCGAGUGAAGAUGAUGCUUUCCACAAGAAAUUCAACACGAAUGCAGAAAUCAUGAAGCACAGAAUACAGGAAAUAUUUGCUGAGUAUGGUGUUAAAGUAUGA